CAAAGUUAAAAGUAUGCUCCUCGAAUCUAGAGCUACUCCAAGGAGCAUCACUAACUUGGAAGUUGCAAAUCCAAAAUUUUCACGGAGCAUCACAAACUUAAAAGUUGCAAAUCCAGAAUUUUCGCGGAGUACCACAAACUCGGAAGCUGCAAAUCCAAAGCGAGCUAGAACACACAUCAAGCUAAAGACUGCUUUGGAGAUUGUCGUGUCUCUCAGAAAAUGCCGGGACUUGGCAAAUGGGAAGUUUCUCCACCAAGAGGCAUUUGCUGCGGGAUUUCACACCAACAAGUACAUAGCCGCGGCGCUCAUCAAAAUGUACGGCAUUUUCUCGAGUAUGAUCCUGGCGCAAGAAGUUUUUGAUGGGAUGAUCCACCGGGAUGUUGUUGCAUGGACGUCGCUCAUCCUGGGAUACGUCGAGAAUGGAGAGAGCUCGAGAGCUUUGAAUCUCUUCAAUGAGAUGGAUUGCGAGCCAGAUUCUUUCACUUUCGUGGCUGUGCUCAAGGCCUUGGGUUGCUUGGCUCAAGAAUCCAAAGACAAGACCUUUUUCCUAGAGAGGGGAAUCGAGAUCCAUAAGAAAGUAAAAGCUAAAAGGCUGGAAUCUAAUGUAGUUGUGGCAAAUACUUUGGUGGACAUGUAUGGCAAGUGUGGAAACAUGAAAAUUGCUCAAGAUGUUUUUGAUAAGAUUAGCCGACGAGAUCAUAUUUCCUGGAACUCGCUCAUUCUUGGAUAUGCCGCAAACGGGCAAAGCUUGCGUGCUUUGGAACUCUUUGCGAGCAUGGACUGUGAUCCCAGCUCUGUGAGCUUUGUUGGAGCGCUCACGGCAUGCAAGAGUUUGGCUUGUGAGAGUGAGUACCAAAAGGAAGUUUGUCUCGGGAGGGGGAUGUUGAUCCACAAACAAGCAAGCAAACUUGGAUUUGGGGGUGAUAUAGUUGUGGCUAGCGCUUUGAUAGACAUGUAUAGCAAGUGUGGAGCCAUGUUUCUUGCUAGGAAAGUUUUUGAUACAAUGAAGCAUAGAAAUGUUGUGACUUGGAACUCUCUCAUCUGGGGAUAUGUUGAGAAUGGGGAGAGUUUUGUAGCAUUAAAUAUAUACGUUAACUACAUGGAUUGUGAGCCCAGCUAUGUCACCUUUGUGGCUGUGCUUAAGGCAUGCGGGCUUUUGGCCAAAGAUUCAAAAUCAAAGAAGUUUUACCUUGAAAAGGGACUUGCAAUUCAUAAAACAAUCAGAGCCCGGGGCUUAGAAUCCAAUGUGAUUGUGGCAAACAUGUUGAUAGACAUGUAUUGCAAGUGUGGCAGCUUAGAAAUCGCGAAAAACGUUUUUGAUAGAACUAUCGAUCGAGACGUGGUUGCAUGCAAUUCUCUGAUCCUGGGAUAUGCCGAGAAUGCUGAAAGCGCUAGAGCCAUUGAGCUUUUCUUUGAUCUUGGUUGUGAACCAAGCUCUGUGACAUAUAUCAGUGCACUCAAAGCAUGCGGGAAUCUGGCAAGUGAGAACAAAUCACAGAAGCAGUUUUGCCUUGAAAAGGGUAUUUUGAUCCACAAAAAAGUCCAAGCAAGUGGUUUGGAAUCUGAUAAAUCCAUCUCCACCACCUUGCUAGACAUGUAUAGCAAAUGUGGGUGCAUGGCAAAUGCCAGAGAAAUAUUUGAUAAGAUACCCCAUCCAGAUGUUGUAACAUGGACUUCCUUGAUACUUGGUUACACAGAGAAUGGGGAAAGCUUGCUAGCUUUGGAAGUAUUUGCUAGAAUGGACUGUGAACCAGACACAUUCACCUAUGUUACUGCACUCAAGGCCUGUGAAUCCUUAGCCACACUAUCAGCUGGGCAACAAAUCCACAUCAGAAUUUGCAGAGCUGGAUUAGAGCAAGAUCAAGUGGUUGCAACUGCACUUGUGGAUUUCUACAUGAAAUGUGGUAGCACGAGAAGGGCUGAGGAGAUCUUCAACAGCAUGAGCUCCCCAGACAUAAUAUCAUGGAACACCUUGAUAGCAGGGUACAGCUCAAAUGGAAAUUACUCACAGGUGUUUGCUCUUGCAGAGCAGAUUAGAGAUGGUGGUGUUCAGAUGAAUGGCAUCACACUCACCUGCAUUUUGAUGGCUUGUAGUCAUAUGGGCCUGGUGAGGGAAGGGAAGCUGUACUUUGAAUUCAUGGCCCAAGAGUGUGGGAUUGAGAGCUUGGAUGGGAGUCACUACAAUUGCAUGGUUGAUUUGCUGGGCAGAUCCAACAUGCUAGAGGAAGCACUGGCUCUUGUCCAGAGCAUUCCAGGAACUGGAGCUGAUGCUGUCAUCUGGAGGACUUUGCUGGGUUCUUGCAAGAAAUGGAGAAACCUCAGAAUUGCAAGGAUUGCAUUUGAUGCACUAGUGGCUGCUGGUGGCAAAGACUCAGCUGAUUACAUACUCAUGAGUGAUAUCUAUGCAAGCUUAGCUAUGUGAAUAGCUAUGGAGUUGGAUUUAAUCUUGAUUAUAUU